CCGUAAUCUUCACAACAGCCACACAGAAAAGGUCCAACCUCUUCAACAACAAACUAGUUGAGCACACCGUGACUACAACAUACACUAUGAAUCUUCAGUACUUGGAACAGAACUAUAUGGAGUAUCUCACCCAAACAGACAAAGACGUGCACCAGCGUGUUCUACAGCAAUGGGAGUUUUUACCAGCCUCGUCGGAUGACAUUUUGAGUUAUUCUCCUCUUGACACCAACUACUCUGGUCCUUCUCCUAAUUUUUCCACACUCCAGGAGUUCCAAAGCGAUGAUUUCGUUCCAAUAGAGACGUCACAGCAGUUUCAAAAUUUUAGCUUGAGCAUGUCUCCUUUGGGUUCCCAAGCACAGCCUCAAGCAAUCCCUCUCAGCUCGACGAUGACAUCAGUUCCAGCUUGUUCAUCAAUUCCCUCGCCACUGAGCAUGCUACCAACUCAACAAAGCCCAGAAUUUUCAUCCCUUACAAUGCCACAAGAUGCCCAAAGGAAGAGCAGUUUACUUGAUGAGCUUCAGCACACCACAACGGCUUUGGAAAGUCAUAAAGGCAAGCUGAAGGCACAUCGUAUGAAGACGAAGGGUCGCUGCUCAAAAUCCAGAACACGUUCAGCCCCUUCGAUGACGGAUUUACCAACGCAAAGAGGACCAAUUCCAGCUUCAAAGCCGGUGUUGAAAGUGAACCCUGUCACUGGGGAAGAAGUUCUUUCGUUCUCAUACUCACGGAAGAAGAUUGUCACCACUUUUGAAAUCAAGUGUCCAAUAGAACCAAUGAACUCGAAUAACUUCCCAACAGAAUUUCUCGUUGAUAAUUGCGUAUAUCCAAGGGCUAUGGCACCACCUCAUGUAUACACAGGUAAAAGGGGCAAAUAUGAACACGAAUGCAACACAAUCGGAUGGACACUGGCGUGGAUGAACCCCAAACUACGCAAGCAUCGUGGUUUAAUCCAAAGAGCUGUUGAUUCAUGGAGAAACACACGUCGUGAUACAUCACUGCACAGUCGUAAAGUGAGAAGAGAGGAAUCACUAAUUCGGAAUUCUGGACAACAAUAAGGCAGAAACUAUGCCAAAUAAUGACAAU